AUGACUGUCUCUCCGAAAAUACCACAUCUGCGGAAUGUGGGCACGACGCAGCAGCUCGUCGUCAAUGGCCGGCCGUUCCUUGCACUCGCGGCAGAGUUGCAGAACUCUUCGAUGACUUCUGCAGAGUUUAUGGAACCUGCCUGGCAGAAGCUGGUCGAUACUAACAUCAACACUGUUUUGGGCUGUGUUACUUGGGAGGACAUUGAGCCUGUUGAGGAUCAGUUCAAUUUUGCCGAAUUGGACAAGGUCAUCCUGGGGGCGAGAAAACAUGGGCUGCACCUAGUUCUACUGUGGUUUGGGUCUUUCAAGAAUGGCAUAUCUACCUAUGUCCCACCAUGGGUCAAGACAGAUACACGACGAUUCCCUCGUGCCAAGCUGCGAAAAGCUGGCGGUGUCCUCCAGACCGGGGAUGUGCUGUCUAUAUUCCAUGAAGAAGGAUGCAAGGCUGAUGUAAAGGCAUUCUCUCGUCUACUUCAGCACGUCAAGGAUGUCGACGGCGAGCAUUCGACUGUAGUGAUGGUGCAAGUCGAGAACGAGACCGGGCUACUAGGCGACUCGCGGGAUGCCUCUGCUGCGGCUGAGAAGCGGUUCAGCGAACCCGUCCCUGAGGAUCUGGUACAGUUCUUGUCACAAGAUUGGGACUCCCUCCACGCAGAUAUCAAGGUUAACUUGAAGCACUUCAAAGCUCAGACCAGUCCCCAAGGUACAUGGGAAGAAGUCUUCAGCAAGGGUCCCCACACAGACGAACUGUUUAUGGCAUACCACUAUGCCAAAUAUCUCAACAGAGUUGCAACUGCCGGAAAGCAAGAAUACCCAAUCCCCCUUUACACCAACGUCUGGCAAAACUACGUGGGUGAUGAUGGCGACAAUGAUUUCCCCAUCGUUGCCGGUGGCGGCGGCUACCCAGGCGACUACCCGUCAGGAGGUGGCACAAGCACCGUCCUCGACGUGUGGCAGAAGUUUGCUCCCUCGCUGGAUUUCAUUGCGCCCGAUAUCUACUUGAAUGAUUAUACGAGUUCCUGCCGAAAGUAUCGCCACCGCAACCAGCCACUUUUCAUCCCCGAGCAGCGGCGUGAUGAGUACGGUGUGAGGCGCAUAUGGACGGCUUAUGGCUCGUUCCAGGCCAUCGGGGUAUCGCCCUUUGGCAUUGAUACCCUGGAACCAGCGACGAAUCCCUUUACCAAGCACUAUGGGCUGCUCAAGUCAGUUGCCCCGAUUAUCCUUGAUGCCCAGACGCGUCCCGACAGCUCGAUUGGAUUCUACUUUGACGAGCUCGCUGCCGACGGCACCGAUCCAUCUAAGCCGGUCAUCAAGCACUGGGCCGGAUACGAAAUCACCAUCGAGAGGUGUUUCGUCUUUGGUAAGGCCGGGCCUGGUGCGGGUAUUGUCAUCCACUUGGGUGGGCCCAGGUUCCUCCUGAUCGGAUGGGGAUUCCAAGUGCGCGCCCGGUCUCUCUCACCGACCAGUACGUUCACUGGAUUCCUGCGAUUCCAGGAGAAACAGGUCGUGGACUCCGAGACGGGAGAGCUGCGGACUCUGCGGGUUCUGAAUGGGGACGAGACUCGGAGUGGUAGCUUUGCUAUGAUGCCGAAUGAGGAUCCAGAUUAUGGGGGUUUCCCGAUCUGCGUGACCAUUCCUGCGAAUACGAUGAUUGCGGAGUUGGAGGUUUACUCGAUUGAGGAGGCAGAUGAUGUGUGA